AUGUCUAUAAUUCGCAAUCCUAGUGGUAAUUAUAUAGCAACAUACGAUGGUUCUACGGUCACAAUUAUUACUCACAACAAAAUAGAUCAACCUAAAGAAAUUAAUGUCAUUUUUGACCAGAUAGAUGCGCUUUCAUUCUUACCAUCCAUCUUUGGCCCAUCAUUUUUGAUAGCAAACAAGAUGCAAAAUAAGAUUGCUUUGUAUAUGUCAAAUGAAAAUUUCGAAUAUAGCGAACCAACAACUUUUACAUUAACAGAAAAAUAUCAUUCAGAACUUUCUGUUUGCCCACAUUCAGCAACUGUUCUUUUUGGAUACAUAACAACUAAUUCUCACAUAUUUGUAAGUGAAAUUUCGUUAUCAGGUAAAAAAUCAUUGAUACCAAUUACGAUUUUUGAAGAAAAGUACAAGCAUUUCAGCUUUGCCUCUGAAGAUAAGAUAUGGGCUUCUCAAGAUGAUAAGCUUAAGUUCUAUUCAUUAUAUAUCAUGGAUCCAAUUGCAGAGAAAGACAUUAAAGGCAUUGAAAACAUAUUACCUUCACCUGCUUAUGAUAAUUACUGCAUAGUAUAUAUAUCUGCAAAUGAAAAUGGUCUAUUCAAAUGCUUCAGAGCUGAAAAGAGCGAUAUAAGAGAAGAACAACUAGGAUAUGAUGAAAUUGAGAUCGAAAAUAAUGAUGUGGAGCAUAGUUAUAUGAAUUGUUAUUGGAGUCCUUAUGGCUCUUCAUUUAUAGCUGAAUUUACCGAUGGAUAUUAUCAAUCUGAUGAACUUCCAGAAUUUAAAUGGAAGUCUACAUUUAAUCCUUAUUAA